AUGAAUUUUCAAGUUCUCAAGCUGCCAGAAUUCGAUGAGAAAACAGAUGAUCCAGAUCAUCAUGUUUUACACUAUGAAACUUCCAUGACUUUGUGGCAGUACAACGAUGAUUUGAUGUGCAAGAUGUUUCCACAACCACUGACUGGUGGAGCAGUAAUGUGGUUCAAUCAGCUACCGGCACAGUCGAUCGGGACUUACCAUAAGCUUGUUGACGAAUUAUGUGCUCACUACAAAUACAACAGACGUGAUCGGAACGGAUGCCACACAUUGUUCCUUCUGGCAAUUCGGAAGGAGGAAAGCAUCCGAAAAUUUAAUCGAUGCUUCAAGCAAGAGGUGGCCGAUGUGGAUGGUGCCAACGGGAAAGUCGUCAUCGCGGCUUAUACACAGGCAUACCAGUAUGAUCAAAGGGGUGUGUACGGUUCCUUGGUUAAGAGACCAUCAAAUACUUUGGAAGAAAUGUAUGAUCGAGCAGAAGAAUACGCUCGAGGGGGGGAUGACUCCAAAGCUCGAGGGACGAGAGAUGUUAACAGAUCAUCCAACCAUCCAAAUGAGGGGAAGAAAGACAAGUCAAAGAACCGUGCGAGUGGACAGCAUAACGAUUGA